UCUCAAAUGCAAGUCAGCACAACGGGCGAUACUCUUCGUAUCGCGGCCAUUUUCAACGUUCGACAUGUCCAGAAAGCACCAGUUCCAAUACAAUCCUUGCGAUUUGAUCGACUUGAUCAAGGAGAGGCCCAUCAUCUGGGAUAAGACCAUCGAUGAGUAUAAGGAUAAGGUGAUGAAGGAGAUGGCUUGGACAGAGGUGUACGGAAGCCUUAACAGCGAGUACGAGAAUAUGAACGAAAAAAUGAAGAAGAAAACAGCUGAAUCGAUAAACGAGAAAUGGAAGAACAUCCGUGAUGCCUUCAUCCGUUCUCUGAAGAAGAAAUCGAACAAGAAGUACCUCUACUCCGACAACUUGCAGUUUCUCCUCAAAGUCCUCGACAAAGACGAUACCAAAGGAUGGGUCAAAGUAGAGCUACCAGGAAAUGCAGAUUUCUCUCACGAAGAAUCAGGAGAAGAACAGAAACCAGCAGCAGCAACGCCUCGUCCACGCUCUCCGAAAUACAGGAAGAGAAAGGCCACAUUCGAAGUGGACGAACCGACAUCGACUACAGUAGUUCAAACACCUCAAGCUUUUCCACCUGUAGAGAACGCAGAGGAUAAAGCCUUCUUCAUGUCUUUGAUUUCAUCGGUGCAGAGAUUCAAAGAAGAUGAAACUCUUGAAUUUCGUAUGGGUGUUUUGUCUUUGAUACAGCAAAUCAAGCAAAAACGACAAUCUUAUUAAUUGGUACUACUCUAAUUUUGUAUUACAUCAUUUAUAUU